AUGUUUGGACAACGAGUUAAUUCAUUAAUUUUUUAUUCUAAACUUUAUUCAAAAUAUAAUAAUUUAUGAACAAUAUAUUUAAAUAGUUUAAAUUGAAAUUGUUAUUUUUUGAAUAUUAUUAAAUUUAUUAAUUGUUUAAUUUAUUUAAAACAAAAAAUUUUAUUAAAUAAUUUUAAUUUUUUUUCUUUAAAUAAUAAAUAUAAAUUUCAAUUAAAUAUAAAUUGUAUUUUUUAUUUUUAUAAUUAUUUUUUAAAACUUAAGAUUUUUAUAAAAGAAAUUAAUAAUAUUAAAAGAAUUUAUAAAAAAAUAGAUAAUUUAAAUAAUUUAAAACAAAAAUAUUAUAUUUAUAUUAAUUUUUUAAUAUUAAAGAAUCCUUUUUCUUCUAUAACUUAUUUAUUUUAUUAUGUUAUAAAAAAAUUUAAACAAACUUUAUCUUUACGUAAGAUUUUAAAACAACUUUCUUUAUUAAUACUUAAUAUUAAGAAAACUUCUAUUAAAGGUAUUAAAAUUUUAGUUUCAGGUAAAAUUAAUGGAGUAGUUAUAGCAAAAAAGGAAACAUGUAAUUAUGGUUUAAACUAUUUUAAUAAAUAUGUUUAUAAUAUAAAAUAUAAUGUAUUUUAUUUAAAAACAAAAUUUGGAGUUUUAGGAUUUAAAUUUUGGAUAUUUUUAAUUUAA